GCAGGAAGGUCUCCUCACCACCCGUCUGACCUUUCACCCUAUGGACUAACAAAUUCUCACUUGGGCCGUAUCAUACAAACCGUGGGAUUUUCCUUUUGACUGUAGAUCUUUUUCCUUUAGAUUUUUGUUUUGGUUGUUUUUUCCUGGGCAAGAUGCUGGCUCACUUUGUGUGUGUGCUUCUUCUGUGCUUCACCUGUGGUGGACUAUGUGCAGAUGUGGACCAGGAACAGCGAGCAUUAGAAGAAGAGCUCCUCAGCAGCUUGUUCGCCUCCAAGCUGAAACAGAGCCAGCAGAAUGCCCCCUACUGGCGCCUGUCACUGGACAACCUGUGCAGGUUAGUGAGUGGGCUCCGGCAGGAGGCGUGGAGGAGCAGCGAGGAAGAGCAAGAAGAGGAGGUAGAGGAGCAACUGAAGGAAUGGAGUCUCCAGAGGCUGGAUGAGCUCUACAGGCUGCAGCACAUCUGCCGAGCACAGCAGAGCCAGGAGGGCUUGCAACGCCACGGUUCCCUGGAAUAUACGUUGGAGAACAUCGAGGCUCCGCUAAAGCGAAAGUCUCCCUACAUCCUGAAGAGACAUACAUCUCACAGCGCCAAGUCUCGGAGGCCGUACAUCUUGAAACGAAGAGCAAUUUACUGAUAUCCAUAGCAUUCCACCCACCCCCUCCCAACACUCUUGAUGGCUUAUCUUCCUGCCAUGAUUGUGUCUUAUUUCACCCGCCACCCUUGCCAUGACCUUGUUUUAUCCCUUUUGACCAAAUUGGACCCUUGCCUUGUUGGCAUGCCACUCUUGCGAGGUCGUCAAAAUAAAAUGUAAGCAUCACACUAAAGGAUAAGCUAUAUUUAUUUACUCUAUU